AUGACCCGUCUAUGGAUGAUGCUAGCUCCAUUAGCGAUUGCGGACCUUAUCAUUGACAUAUUGAUAAGUGAUUCCACAGAAGAAUACUUUUUUUCAACAAUUGCUAAUGUGAUAACAGAAAACCUCAACAAUCCUCAGGUUUUUUCAAUUUUUGUAAGGAAGGAAACCGAUAUUAAAUCUCUGUUACAUACAAAUAGCAUAGUUAUAGACGCAACUUUUAGUCUAUCUAUAACUGCUGUAAUUAAACAAGCUGCAGAAGACUCACAAUUUGUAUACUUAAACAUUGGAGAACCCACUCAUAUUUUUAGUGAUUGGGAAUUUUUUGUUCAUUUUGAUCACGAUCAAAAUAUAAAAGCGUUGUCACAAAUAUUUAAUCUGUUAAAUUGAACAACAGCACUGAUUGUGAAAGAAAAUAAUUAUGAUGAUUUAUCUUCAGCUUUGAUUGAAAGUUUCGCGAAUUUUAAUAUUCAAUAUUUUUCAUUUAUUGAUAAUCAAUCACAGACUGUGUCUGAUUUAUUUGUUGGUAGAGAAAUUCUGCCGACGGGUGUUAAAAACGGUGCAAGUGAAAUGAUCGUGAACUUUUGAUAAUGUGCAUUUGGUGAAAAAUUGUCUGAAACUUUUUGAUACUUGACGGAAAGAAACCGUUAAAUUUCGACCAAAUUUUCUUCGAUGAAAUGUACACUAGCAAAAAUACACUGCAAUUUGACAUGGAGCCGUUAAAAAACAUUGUUAUUCAAAAUUCAGGAAAUGGCGCCCAAAAAAUUGUAAAUAGCUUGGAAACAAAGGACCUUUAUCAAAAAGGAACUGGCGUCAUAAUAGGAAGCAGGGGUAUAUGGGGAGCAGACGCAGAUGGGUUGUUAAUAUAUGUAGAAUCUGAGUUGGAAGAUGCAGCAGAUUAUGCACAUUACGAAGCCCUCGCAUGUUUAAAAAUGCUUAAAAUUAUUGAUGCUCUAUCAAUAACUGUUUCCAAUAUUGAGCUCAAAGAAAAGCUCCAAAGUGUUACAUAUGAACAUCAGCCAAUAUUUAAUUAUUCUCUAAUAAACAUAAAGUCAAGCCAAAAAGUCAAAGUUGGGCACAUUUUUGAUGAAGAAUUAUUUUUAAACAAAACCUUGAUGUUUCCUGGAAAUACAACUAAAAUUCCGAAUACAUUUGUUUCUUAUGUAAAUAUAUCGAUGGCAGAUGGAAGAACGAAUCCAGGAACAUCAAGCAGCUGGUUUUAUCCUGCUCUAAAAGCUGCUGCACGAAUGGCAGUUAACUUAGCAAAUGAGCAAAAUUAUUUGGGCAAUUUUCAAAUUGCUGUGACGCAUACUGAUUGUGGAGCUGAAUCUUUUACAACUUCAUAUUCAGUGCCGUGCUUUGCAGCUUUAAAAAAUCAAAUGGGUGUUGCUCACUUAACAUCCGGUUUUCCAUUAGCUUGUUAUGGUACAAUUCAAGCAUUUCGCGCGCUAAAAAUUUCGAUUCCAAUGAUAUCAGAACUUUGUGGAGAAACAAUUUUCAAUAAUCAAACAACUUACCCAGAAUUUAUGAGAGUGAUGAAGAAUUAUGGCUAUAAUUCAAGUAUGAUGGCAAAUUUGGCCUUAAUCUUUGGAUGGACCAAUGUUAUUAUUUUGUAUCAAAACUCAACUACAGGAAUAGAUCUUUAUAAUUAUUUUCUGAAAAGUGCCCAAAGCUCAAAUAUACAAAAAUUAGCUUAUUAACCAAGAAUCAUAAUUUUUUAAGAUAAAAAAAGGAUUUAAUUGAUAAUUCAAUUAACUAGAGCAUAUCAAUAUUCUAAACAAUGAAACCUCAAGAAUAAUUAAAAAUGGAUAUGAUAAGGCAGACUUCGAAACAUAUAAACCUUUAUUUGAAUCAAUAAAAAAUACCAAAGGAAGAAUUUUUAUUAUGCUAAUUGACCCUCCAUCUGUAUAUUAUGUUAUUGAAGGUCUAUAUUAAUUUUCCAUCAAUAGCCAACUAUAAGCAUUUUUUGGUUAGUCAGAAGCCUGCUGACUUGCCAAAUUAGUUGCAAGCCUUUGCUAUUGGUCAAAUAUUUAAUUUUGCAGACCAAAAUAUACCCCUUGAUUGGCUAUUCUUCGUAUACAAAUAUAUAUGAUGUAGGAAUUAGAAGAGGAGAUGCCAUCAUGAUGUUCUCUAUAAAAGUUUCAUUUGAAAUUGCAUUAGAAACUGACCCACAAGCCAAACUUAAGCUUGCAGAACUUAUGUACGGAUCCUUCGCUGUUUUCCAAGAUGAAUGAGUUGGUGAUUAUGGUCUUUAUUUAAAAGAUUUAUAUGUCCGUUUGAUGAACUCUGUUGACCCAGUCUAUAAAUGUUUUGCAUACGACUCUAUGAUGACAGUCCUGAACGCUAUAAAAUUUUCCAUCGCUAAAGGGGAUAAUAUAAACACUCCAUCUGUUAUAAAUAAAUCUAUGAGGCUGCAAAGGUUUACUGGCUGUUCAGGCACUGUUACUUUUGCAAAUGGAAGCAACGAUAGAAGCCAGGUUGUUAUUGUAAUUUACAAUACAAUUUAUAAUUCAACAAACGGAAAAUGGAUUGAUAUUAGAGUAGGGAUUAGGAUUAUUAAAGUCAGGCGUUAGCCAUAUUUGUGACGCAGUCACCAAAGACCUCCCGUAUGGGAGGUUCUACCACUUUUCAGCUCCAGCCCAGAGGGUCUAUUCCUCUUACGAGUGCCCUUCCGGUACCUUUGUCUCCUCCUUACCUUGAGGCUUCAGUCUUGAGUGGAUGGUUAUGAAUUCUGUACGAGCGAGUAGCUUGAUUCCAAGUAUCCUUGGAAAGUAUCGGUUGUCGAAGUGCCUUUUCUUCGAUAACUAGGAAAAAGACUACUUCUCUGAGGCUUGGGCCCGAAUUCCCCAGUUUCUCAGUAGAGAAAUGCCCAUGGGUCCUCGGAUCCAAAGGACGUUGUUGAGCACCUCCAUUUCCAACCACAGGAAAGCAGCCAAAACUUACCCGGAUACACACCUAUUGAGCCUGCACUUGAUUCUCGGCUCGGAGUCCAUCUCAGUUCGCCGUAGCAUAAGGUCUGGACUGCUGUGCCAAGAGGGUAGGUUGACACGUGUCGCCAUUUUAAUGUAUAUGAUAUUAGAGUAGGGACCUAUAAUAUUGCAAGCACUCAUCCCUUUACCUUUAUUAGCAGCAUUACUUGGCCUGGAGGAACUUCAGGCCCACCAUCAGACAUCAUAGUAAAACCUGAUGAUUGCCCUUUUGAUUGGAAAGAUGUGCAAAGCUCAUUCCAAGGUACAGCCAUUUUCUACACUAUAUCGUUUACGAUUGCAGCAGGCACUGCUUUGCUCUCUAUUUAUAUUUUUCGUAAAUGAUGAAAUGUGUAUGUGGGACCUUUAUUAGUUAAAAAAAAUUUUAAAUUUGGCGAUGGGAUUGUGAUGUCAAUUAUUUUUAUAGAUUUCUUACAGCUGAUAGCUAUGGGCCCUACUAUGAGCGGAUACGAUAAAUUUUCAUCUGUAAUUGGAGAUUAUGCAUCAGUAAAUUUAACGAAUAUUAUUGAAUUUAAAGAGAAAUAUUACUGAAUGGGAUUUUUCACAGUUUUAGGGCUAUGCACUUUGUGGGUGUAUUUUUGUGUGAUAAUAUUAUACCAAAUAGGUGAUAGAUUUCAAAAUUGGUUUAUAGACCACUCUGUUACUAUGGCAAGAGAAACAAUGCCAAUAUUGGGAAACCUCUGUGUAAUUCCUAUAGUGUCGAUUCUUUUAGAUGUAUUUAAUUGUAGAAAUGCAACAGGAGGUGCUUUAAGUGAUAGUUUCAUAGGAAAAGACUGCACUAUGACCUGCUGAAAUUAUCCUCAUAAUUUAUACGCAAGCUUGGCUUUGAUAAGUUUAUUAUCAUAUGUGCCUCUUGCAGUCUACUGCAGACCGAUAUGGCAGAAUUUACAGCUUGAAAUUAACAUAAUAACAAGGCCACUUCACCUAAUGACCAAAAGUAUUAUUCAAGUCACAAUUGUUGUGCUUAAAGGAACUCUGAAACCUUAUAAUCAGUCCUUACAUGGAUUGGUAUUUUUAUUUAUUCUUGCUAUUUAUUUACUAUAAUCAUUCAAUAGCAAACAAAUUUACUAUAAUUUUUUAUUCCAUAAAUUAAUCUUAAGUAUUAUUGCAUUUGCUAUAAUAUUUUCUAACCUUAUAAAUAAGCAUAUAUAUUCAAAUUCUAGAGUAAAAUUUUACACAAAAUUUUUAUAAGCAUAUAAACUAAUGUUUAUUGAUAUUUUAAAGCUUCAAUUAAAAUAUUUUAUAUAAUUCUUUGAUUUUUGUCAUUUUAUCAUUAAAAUAUCAUAACUUUGAAGCAUUUUGUGAAAAAAGUAUAUGGCCCUAAUGCCGUUUUGGGCACCAUACUGGUGGCCCGCUUCGUAUCCCAGACUUGGAAAAAUACCAAUCUGCCCACCAGUAUGGCCAGCAUACUUGUGCCAAAAAAAACACAAGGCAAAAUAAAAUAUUUAAAAGCAAUAAGUUCCCAUAUAAAAUAAUUUAGCUUAACUUUUUAAAAAUUUCUAACUCAAUUAAAGUAUCCAUUAAUUAUAUAAUGGAGUUAGUAAUUUGCAUCAAGUGAAAACCUUUCAACUAUCAUAGAUGCAAUUGAUGGACAAUUAUUUCGAUCCUUGCCGUAAUGUGAAGCGUAUUAUUAUCUUCUAUCUAUUGGAUAGUCCCAUCUGGCUUUGUUAGCUUAUGGAUAAUUCUUCAAUUGACAGGAUGGUUUAUUUUGCUAUUAUUAGGAAUUUUUGUGCAGCAUAAAUGGUAUCCUAGCUUAUUGUAUAGAGAAAAGGCGCCAGACAUCGGUAUUUUCUUCAGGUUUUUAUUGUCUUCAAACGUGAAAGUUGAUGAAAUUACGAAAAUCAAGAAAAAAAAUGAAAACGAUAGCCCUGGGCUUCCAAAAGUUAGCUCAGAGAGCCGAAGUGAAGAUAAUCUUAUUGCAAGGGAUAUGAAGUUUCAAUUCACUCUCCGAACAAAUAUGGUUAGUACGAUGCUUCAAUAA